AUGGAGUUUAUAAUAAACCUAGGCGCACAUUUUCCCCUGAAUCUGUUCGUGUUUGAUGACUACAAUAGGCCUGUUCAGUUAGAUUUAAGUUUAACUUCCGAAGAAGCUCUGCGAGAUACAGAAAGCGCAAUAAAAGAGGAUGUAACCUUCUACUUGUACACAAAUUUAAACCCGAUUCUUCCUCAGUUGUUGUUCGUCAAUGACACCUGGACUUUUGAAUUUAGCCUGUUCAAUAUGCAGAAUCCAACGGUAUUCGUCGCGCACGGAUGGUCAAAUUCUCACUUGAAUCCCGCCUGCACUCAAGUUAAGGACGCUUAUCUCAAACAUGGCGAGUAUAACGUUAUACUGGUGGACUGGUCACCUAUUACUAAGAACUCGUAUCCUUUUGCCUGUAAUCGAGUUGUAAUGGUCGGCAAACAUGUUUCCUCUAUGAUCGAUUUCAUCGAGGAUCAAGGAGUGGAUGUAUCUAAGAUGACCACAGUGGGCCAUUCCCUAGGUGCUCAUGUUGCUGGUUUGGCAGCCUAUUACGCCAGAAGCAAAGUGGAUUACGUCGUUGGUUUGGAUCCAGCUUUGCCAGGAUUCGAGAACGUCGGACCUGGAUCCAGGAUCUCGAAAAAGGACGGUAAAUACGUAAUGAUCAUCCACACUGCCGGCGCUACUCUCGGUAUGGUCGCUCCGAUUGGUCACGUCGACUUUUACCCAAACGGUGGUUACACUCAACCAGGCUGCACGGUUGAUUUCAUAGACGCGUGUUCGCACUACCGAGCGCCUAAAUAUUUCGCGGAGUCCAUUAACAGUAAAGUAGGCUUCUUGGGGCAGAAAUGUAGCAGUUACAAGAAUUUCAAGAAUCGCAAAUGCAAGUCGAAACCCGUUGCUUAUAUGGGCACUGCCGAGCCGAAUUUCAAGAUCAGGGGCGUGUACUAUUUGAAGACAGCCAGUGAAUCUCCUUUUGCUUUGCCAUUUUCGCGUAUCCCGGUGCCUGAUGUUAGCCAAGAAGCUAUUGAUCCUCUCCUUAAGGUUGCGAUAUACACAAUUGCACGAGCAGACCAAAGAUUGUUAAUGUUGGACGACAAUCAGAAUCUAGUUCCCUUAGAUUUGAGCUUGAAGUACCCAGAAACUGUAGAAGAAACUCAGAGGGAACUGCCAAACCAUGUCAUCUUCAAUUUGUACACGAGAGUAACGCCAGAGACACCUCAGAUACUGCGCGUCAAUGACACUAUUUCCUUGAAGAAUAGCUGUUUCAGUCCGAAGAGACCAACGAUCAUUGCCACACAUGGAUGGAUAAACUCUCAUAACAAUCCUAGUUGCACCGAGAUUCGAGAUGCUUAUCUUAAACACGGCGACUACAAUGUCAUCCUGGUAGACUGGUCAUAUAUAUCGAUGAAACCGUAUGCGUGGGCUCGUAGUCGAGUCCCAAUGGUCAGCAAAUACGUCUCCGCCUUCAUCAAUUUCCUCGUGGAGCACGGAUUAGAUGUGUCUAAGUUGACCGUAGCUGGCCACUCUCUUGGUGGUCAAGUUGCCGGAUUGGCAUCCCAUUACGCGAAGCACAAAGCGAAAUUGGUCAUAAGUUUGGAUCCAGCCCUUCCGCUUUUCGAGAAAAGCGGACCGGGAGAGAGGGUUUCCCGUGGGGACGCAGAAUACGUAAUGGUCAUCCAUACAGCUGCAGGAUUAUAUGGCUACGACGUUCCGCUUGGUGACAUCGACUUUUAUCCAAACGGUGGCACCGAUCAAUUAGGCUGUACGGCUGCUACGCUCGGCUUCUGCUCGCAUUUCCGUGCCCCUUAUUACUUCGCGGAGUCUAUUAAUAGCGAAAGAGGCUUCUGGGGGGUGAAGUGUGACAAUUACGAAGACUACAGAGCGGGUAAAUGCAAGUCGAAUCCCGUCGCUCUCAUGGGCGGCGUUAAACCGAAUUUCGAAGCCAGAGGCACCUACUACCUGGACACUGCCCCUGCUCCUCCAUUCGCACUAGGCCCCGUAUCGUAG